AGCAAGUCAGUGACUGGGCUGAGAACUGGGCCUGGGAAUGCCUGGCUUGUUUGCUAAACAGUCUGACUGAAUCGGUCCCAGUAACCACAGUAAAUAGUGAACCACAGGAAUGAGCUUUUUGUAAAAGUUUUAUGACAUGUUAAUGACUAGUAGUAAGAAUUUAAAUUAAUCAGCAGUUUUUUUUUUUUUUUAUUAGACUAAAAAAGAAGUCCAGUUGGUCUCCUAUGUGGACGCUGUACCUUUAGGCACAUUCUUCCGUAAUGUAACACUCAGAAAUCCUUGUGGUUACACAGUGAAGUGUUUACUGCUACCACACCUUGCUCACUCACUCACUCACUCAACCUCCACUCCCCUAAGUCCACACCUAUGUGACAAAUCGAGGGAGGAGCCAUAGGGAACAAGGACCAUUGCAGCAAAGAAGGCUGUCUAAGGCAGGCCCACAGUGUGUCGCUUGCAGAACUAAAAGGGCAGAGCUUAGAAGAAAGAGAGAGAGAGAGAGAGAGAGAGAGAGAGAGAGAGAGAGAGAGAGAGAGAGAGAGAGAGAGAUUAUAGGUUAAGAGUGAAUCGAAGCCUAGAGAGCCAUACACACCCACACAAGGGCAUUAACUGUGCCCUGUUUUCAGUAGCUGGAAGAUAUUAGGAAUGACAAGAAGGAAUAGCAGCAGCUCACAGUAUCUGGUCUGCUAAGCUAACUAGUGUAGAUUUAAAAAAAAAAAAAAAAAAGUUUUGGCUUCUGUGUAAAAAAAAAAAAAUUAGUUAACAGAAGAAAAAGAAAUGUCUGGAUAUGAUCGUUCUAGAAGUCGUUCCACGGAUAGUCUGGGCAGAGAGAGAGUUGCCCCGGAAGAGGGAUAUUACCAGGGGAUGCUCAAAGCCACAGAUGCAAGGAAAGAUGAACGAGACAGAGUGCAGAAGAAGACUUUCACGAAAUGGGUGAACAAGCACCUGAUGAAGGCCCAGCGCCACAUCAGUGACCUGUAUGAAGACCUCAGGGAUGGACACAACCUGAUCUCACUGCUGGAGGUCCUCUCCGGGGAGACCCUGCCCCGUGAGAAAGGGCGCAUGCGUUUCCACAAGCUGCAGAAUGUACAGAUUGCACUGGACUUCCUCAAACACCGCCAGGUUAAGCUUGUGAAUAUCCGAAACGAUGACAUUGCAGACGGAAACCCCAAGCUGACCCUGGGGCUAAUAUGGACAAUCAUCCUCCACUUCCAGAUCUCUGAUAUCCAGGUGUGCGGGCAGUCAGAGGACAUGACAGCCAAAGAGAAGCUCCUGCUGUGGUCCCAGCGAAUGGUGGAGGGCUACCAGGGUCUGCGCUGUGACAACUUCACCACCAGCUGGAGGGAUGGCAAGCUGUUCAACGCAGUGAUCCACAGGCACAGGCCAAUGCUGAUCGACAUGAACAAAGUGUACCGACAGACGAACCAUGACAACCUGGAGCAGGCCUUCACUGUGGCAGACCGGGAGCUGGGGGUCACCCGACUGCUGGACCCAGAAGAUGUGGAUGUCCCCCAUCCUGAUGAGAAGUCCAUCAUUACAUAUGUGUCCUCUCUCUACGAUGCCAUGCCACGCGUUCCUGACGUCCAGGAUGGGGUCAAAGCCAACGAACUGGAACUCCGAUGGCAGGAGUACUAUGAGCUGGUCACCUUGCUGCUGCAGUGGAUUCGACACCAAGUCAUCGUCUUGGAAGAGAGGAAGUUCCCCAGCAGCUACGAGGAGAUCGAGGUCCUGUGGCGACAGUUCCUGAGGUUUAAGGAAACUGAGCUCCCGGCUAAGGAGGCUGACAAGAACCGCUCCAAGAGCAUCUACAAGUCCUUUGAGGGUGCUGUGCAGGCUGGCCAGGUCAAGGUCCCUCCCGGUUACCAUCCCAUCGAUGUUGAGAAGGAAUGGGGCCGUCUUCACGUGGCAAUACUGGAGAGAGAGAGGCUGCUCAGGACAGAAUUCGAGAGGCUGGAGAGGCUCCAGAGAAUCGUCAGUAAGAUCCAGAUGGAGUCCGGUGUGUGUGAGGAGCAGCUGAACCAGGUGGACUCUCUCUUACAGAUGGACAUCCGCCUGAUGAGUGCUGGGAAAGCGCCUCAGAACUCAGGGGAGAUCGAGAAAGAGCUCGACAAAGCUGACGGGAUGAUCCGCCUCCUCUUCAACGACGUGCAGGCCCUGAAGGAUGGGCGCCACCCCCAGGCUGAGCAGAUGUACAGGAGGGUUUACCGCCUCCAUGAGCGCUUGGUGGCUCUGCGCACCGACUACAACCUGCGUAUCAAUGCUGGUGCUUCCCAGUCUUCGAUCACCAUGACCCAGCAGAGCAUGACCCAGCAGAGCAUGAGCUCACGGCAGAGACCGGAGCUGGACGAUGUGACGCUGCACUACGUUCAGGACCUGCAGGCCUGGGUGGAGGAGAACCAGAGGCGCAUCGACGGGGCUGAGUGGGGGGUCGACCUGCCCUCUGUGGAGUCCCAGCUGGGCAGCCAUCGGGGCCUGCACCAGUCCAUCGAGGACUUCCGCUCCAAGAUCGAGCGGGCACGCGCUGACGAGAAUCAGCUGUCCCCUGUCAGCAAGGGAUCCUACAGAGAAUACCUUGGGAAGCUGGAUCUGCACUACGCUAAGCUGCUGAAUUCCUCCAAGUCACGUCUGCGUCACCUGGACAACCUCCACGGUUUCGUGUCUGCAGCCACCAAAGAGUUAAUGUGGCUAAACGACAAGGAGGAGGAAGAGGUGAACUACGACUGGAGCGACCGCAACACCAACAUGUCGGCCAAGAAGGACAACUACUCGGGUCUGAUGCGGGAGCUGGAGCAAAAAGAGAGGAAGAUCAACAGCACUCAGGCCACGGGAGAGCAGCUGCUGAAGGAGGGCAACCCUGGCAGGAAGACUGUCGAGGCAUUCAUGGCAGCCCUGCAGACGCAAUGGAGCUGGAUACUCCAGCUGUGCUGUUGCAUCGAGGCACACCUGAAGGAGAACACAGCCUACUUCCAGUUCUUCUCAGAUGUGAAAGAGUCUGAGGAGUACCUGAAGAAGAUGCAGGAGUCCAUGAAGAAGAAGUACAGCUGCGACCGAACGGUCACUGUCACACGUCUAGAGGACCUUCUGCAGGAUGCCAUGGAUGAGAAGGAGCAGCUCAGUGAGUACAAAGGACAGCUGGCCGGUCUCAGUAAACGUGCGAAGGCCAUCGUUCAGCUCAAGCCUCGCAAUGCUGCCAACCCUUUGAAGAGCAAGCUUCCUGUCCAGGCUGUGUGUGACUUCAAGCAGAUGGAGAUCACUGUUCACAAGGGGGACGAGUGUGUUCUGCUAAAUAACUCCCAGCCCUACAAGUGGAAGGUGCUGAAUGCUUCUGGUAACGAAGCUGUGGUGCCGUCUGUCUGCUUCCUUGUCCCACCUCCCAACAAGGAAGCCCUUGAUGCAGUCAGCAGCCUGGACUCCAGCCACCAGAAGCUGGUGACCAUGUGGCAUUGCCUGCACGUCGAUAUGAAGAGCAUGCUGUCUUGGCAGUACCUGAUCCGGGAUAUCCAGCAGAUCAAGUCCUGGAACAUCACUAUGUUCAAGACCAUGAAGCAAGAGGAGUACAUGCUGAUCCUGCGCAACCUGGAGCUUCACUAUCAGGACUUCAUGCGGGACAGCCAGGACUCGCAGCUCUUCGGGGCUGAUGACCGCAUGCAGAUAGAAAGCGAAUACAGCAGGACAUCGCAGUACUACGAGAGGCUGCUCCGCACGCUCGAGAAAGGGGAACAUGAUGAGUCUGUGUGUAAGAGCUUCGUCACCCAAAUCAAAGACAUCCGUCUGCAGCUGGAGGGCUGCGAGUCACGCACCAUCAACAAGAUCCGCUCCCCCUUUGAAAAGGACCCCCUGAAGGACUGCUCCCAGAGGAUCACUGAGCAGAAGCAAAUUCAAGUGGAGCUGGAGGGGAUCAAGAAGAACCUCAACAAGGUGACUGAGAAGACAGAAGCCGUCCUGGCCUCUCCUGAGCAGUCAGGUUCUGUCCCGGUCCUGCGUUCUGAGCUGGACAUCACCCUGAAAAAAAUGGACCAGGUCUACAGCCUGUCCACCGUCUAUCUGGACAAGCUGAAGACCAUUGACCUGGUGAUCCGCAGCACACAAGGGGCAGAGGAACUGGUCAAGAAGUAUGAGGACCGUCUGAGGGAGGUCAAUAAUGUUCCCGCUGACGACAAGGAGCUGGAGACCUGCCGCACACAGCUGAAGAAAACCCGCAGCGAGGCUGAGGGAUGCCAGCCUGUGUUUGACGGUCUGGAGGCCGAGCUGACCAGCGCUUCAGCAGUGAGCGAGCGUCUGUCCCGCGUGCACAGCGAGCGUGAUGCUGACCUGGAUCGAUACCGCUUGUGUGUGAACGGCCUGCUGGAGCGCUGGCAGGGCAUCUUUGCACAGAUAGACCUGCGCCAGCGUGAGCUGGAGCAGCUGGGCCGCCAGCUCCGCUACUACCGUGAGAGUUACGACUGGCUCAUCACCUGGAUCGCAGACGCCAAGCAGCGGCAAGAGAACAUCCAGGCUGUGUCCAUCAGCAACAGCAAGACACUGAAAGAGCAGCUGACCCAGGAGAAGAGACUGCUGGAAGAGAUCGAGAAGAACAAAGACAAGGUGGAUGAGUGCCAGAAAUACGCCAAGGGGUACAUCGACACAAUCAAGGACUAUGAGCUUCAACUGGUGACAUACAAAGCCAUGGUGGAACCAGUGGCCUCUCCUGUCAAGAAGGCCAAAGUGGAAUCUGCAGCUGAUAACAUUAUCCAAGAGUAUGUCACCCUGAGGACCCGCUACAGUGAACUGACUACCCUAACCAGCCAGUACAUCAAGUUCAUCACAGAGACCCAGCGACGCCUGGAGCAGGAUGAGAAGGCAGCCGAGAAACUUAAAGAGGAGGAGAUGAGAAAGAUGGCAGAAAUGCAAGCCGAGUUAGACAAGCAGAAGCAGCUGGCCGAGGCUCAUGCCAAAGCUAUUGCCAAGGCUGAGAAAGAGGCCCGGGAGCUGAAGCUCAAGAUGCAGGAGGAGGUCACCAAGAGAGAGGCAGUGGCUGUUGAUGCUGAGCAACAGAAGCAGAACAUCCAGCAGGAGCUGCAGCAGCUCAGGAACAACUCGGUCACGGAAAUCAAGUCCAAGACCCAGCAAGUGGAGGAAGCCCUUUUGAGCCGCACCAGGAUUGAGGAGGAAAUACGGCUGGUCAGGAUUCAGUUGGAGACUACCGUCAAGCAGAAAUCUAGUGCUGAGGCUGAGCUUCAACAGCUGAGGCAAAGGGCUGAGGAGGCGGAGAGGCAGAGAAAAGCUGCCCAGGAAGAGGCUGAAAAACUCCUAAAACAGGUGAAAGAAGAGUCCCAGAAAAAGCGUCAGGCCGAGGAAGAGCUGAAGAAGAAAGUAGAGGCAGAAAAAGAAGCUGCCAGGCAAAAGCAAAAGGCCAUGGACGACCUGGAGAAACUGAAAUUGCAGGCGGAAGAGGCAGAACGAAGGAUGAAACAAGCAGAGAUAGAAAAGGAUAGGCAAUUUCAGGUUGCCCAAGAGGUAGCACAAAAGAGUGCUGCGGCGGAGCUUCAGAGCAAGCGCAUGUCCUUCGCUGAAAAGACAGCACAGUUGGAACAGUCUCUUAAGCAGGAGCAUGUCACCGUCACUUUUCUUCAAGAGGAGGCAGAACGUCUCAAGAGGCAGCAGGAGGAGGCAGAUAAAGCCAGAGAGGAAGCAGAGAAAGAACUAGAAAAAUGGAGACAGAAAGCCAACGAGGCCCUCCGGUUGAGACUCCAAGCAGAGGAAAUAGCCCACAAGAAGAGCCUGGCACAAGAGGAUGCUGAAAAGCAGAAAGAGGAGGCUGAGCGAGAAGCCAAGAAGAGAGCCAAGGCUGAGGAAGCUGCCUUGAGACAAAAAGAGAUGGCAGAGCACGAGCUGGAGAAGCAGAGGCAAAUUGCAGAGGGCACUGCUCAGCAGAAGCUGUCAGCUGAACAGGAACUCAUCCGACUGAGAGCUGAGUUUGAACACGGUGAACAGCAGAGAUCCCUGCUUGAGGAAGAGCUUUACCGCCUAAAAAAGGAGGUCAAUGAGGCAGUGCAACAAAGAAAACUGCUGGAAGAUGAACUAGCCAAAGUUAGGGCUGAAAUGGAGAUCCUCCUUCAGUCGAAGUCUAAGGCUGAAAAGGAAACGAUGUCUAACUCUGAGAAAAGCAAGCAGCUGCUUGAGGCCGAAGCCGCUAAGAUGAGGGAGCUUGCUGAAGAGGCCAUGAAGCUUCGGUCUAUCUCUGAAGAGUCCAAGAAACAGAGGCAACUAGCAGAGGAGGAAGCAGCUCGACAGAGAGCAGAGGCUGAAAGAAUCCUAAAGGAAAAACUGGCUGCAAUCAACGAAGCCACACGCUUAAAAGCAGAGGCAGAGAUCGCCCUGAAAGAGAAAGAGGCAGAAAAUGAGCGCCUGAGAAGGCAGGCAGAAGAUGAGGCUUACCAAAGAAAGAUCCUGGAGGAGCAAGCAUCCCAACACAAGCAAGAUAUUGAGGAGAAGAUUAAUCUUCUGAAGAAGUCUUCCGAGUCUGAACUGGAGAGGCAGAGAGCUAUUGUGGAUGAGACUUUAAAACAGAGGAGGGUUGUCGAGGAAGAGAUACGGAUACUAAAGAUCAGCUUUGAGAAAGCCUCAUCUGGCAAGCAGGACCUGGAGCUGGAGCUAAACAAACUGAAAAAUAUUGCAGAUGAGACUCAGCGUAGUAAGGAGCAGGCUGAGAAAGAAGCUGAAAAGCAACGUCAACUAGCUCUUGAGGAACAAAACAGACGCAGGGAGGCAGAGGAGAAGGUGAAGAAGAUUGCGGCUGCUGAGGAAGAAGCUGCCCGUCAACACAAGGCAGCUCAGGAUGAAGUUGAACGCCUCAAGAAGAAAGCCGAGGAGGCUAGGAAACAGAAGGAACUUUCUGAAAAAGAGGCAGAGAAGCAGAUUCAACUAGCACAACAGGCUGCCGAGAAACGGAUUGCUGCUGAAGAGAAGGCCCACGUUGUUCUCGUGCAGCAGAAAGAACAGGAGCUAAUGCAGACCAGGAUGCAGGAACAGUCGAUCCUGGAUAAGCUGAAGGAGGAGGCAGAAAAAGCCAAGAAGAUGGCAGAAGAAGCAGAAAAAGCCAAACAGAAGGCACAGCAGGAAGCGGCCCGUUUCCGACAGCAAGCUGAAGAGGCUGAGCGUCAAAAGCAGGCAGCUGAAGUUGAAGCCACCAACCAAGCUAAGGCCCAAAACGAUGCAGAACAACUGCGAAAGGAAGCAGAGAUUGAAGCAACUAAGCGUGCCCAGACUGAGGCCAUAGCUUUAAAACAGAAGGAAUUAGCAGAUGCUGAGAUGGAGAAGCACAAAAAGCUUGCAGAACAAACUGUGAAGCAAAAGACUCAAGUUGAGCAAGAGCUGAUAAAGGUGAAGCUACAGCUGGAAGAGACAGACACACAGAAGCGUCUUCUGGAUGAGGAGCUUCAUCGCCUCAAGGAUGAAGUUACUGAUGCUGCCAAGCAGAAAGCGCAAGUUGAGGAAGAGCUGUUCAAGGUCCGAAUCCAAAUGGAGGAGGUGAUAAAGCUGAAGAUCAGAAUUGAGAAUGAAAACCAGAUGCUGAUGAAAAAAGAUAAGGACAACACCCAACAGUUCCUGCAAGAGGAGGCAGAAAAUAUGAAAAAGCUGGCAGAGGAAGCCGCCCGCCUCAGCGUGGCAGCCCAAGAGGCUGCUCGUUUGAGGCAGAUAGCAGAAUCUGACUUGGCUGAACAGCGGGCCCUUGCAGAGAAAAUGUUGAAGGAGAAAAUGCAGGCCAUCCAAGAGGCAUCCAGACUGAAAGCAGAGGCAGAGAUGCUCCAGAGACAGAAAGACCUAGCCCAGGAGCAGGCCCAGAAGCUCCUGGAGGACAAACAGCAGAUGCAGCAACGACUGGAAGAGGAGAAAGAAGGGUUCCAAAAAACCCUGGAGGCUGAGCGAAGGAGACAGCUGGAGAUCACAGCUGAGGCGGAGAAGCUGAAGCUAAAGGUGUCUCAACUGAGUGAUGCUCAGUCCAGAGCUGUGGAGGAAGCCCAGAAGUUCAAGAAGCAGGCCGAUGAGAUCAGUUCUCGUCUCCAUGAGACUGAGCUCUCCAAUAAAGAGAAGUUUGCUGUGGUAGAGAAGCUGGAGGUCCAACGACUUCAGAGCAACAAAGAGUCUGAUGACCUCCGCAAAGCCAUUGCUGAACUUGAGAAAGAGAAGGCAAAACUGCAAAAAGAAGCCGAUGACUUACAGAAGAAGACAGCAGAGAUGGCAGUUGCCCAGCAAGAACAAAUCAAGCAGGAGACCCAUACUCUUCAAAAGACUUUCAUAACAGAAAAGGAGAUGCUCAUAAAGAAGGAGAAAUUUAUUGAGGAAGAGAAAUCAAAGCUGGAAAAACAGUUUGAGGAGGAGAUGAAAAAGGCCAAGGCUCUUAAAGAUGAGGAGGAGCGACAGAGGAAGCAGAUGGAAGAGGAGAAGAAGCAGCUUCAGUCCACCUUGGACACUGCUCUGAAGAAACAACAAGAUGCCGAGGAGGAGGUCUGCAGCAAACAGAAUGAGCUACAGGAGCUGGAGAAGAAAAGACUGGAGCAGGAGAAAUUGCUGGCUGAGGAGAACCGGAAGCUACGUGAAAAAUUGCAGCAGCUCCAAGUGGUGCAGAAACCAGCCCCGGCCCAAACCCACACAAGGGAGAUCAUGAUCCAGACAGAUGUUCCUGAAGAAGAACUAGUUGCCAUGACCCAAGUGGGAGUCCAGAGUGUAAAUGGCCGGGACGCAGUCGAUUCAGUGGGCAGUCCCAAGCAAAACGGAGAAGCAGGACCAACUUUUGAUGGCAUUCGUGAAAAGGUCCCUGCCAGCAGACUUCUUGAAGCUGGAAUCUUGAGCAAAAAGCUUAUGGAUAAACUGAAGAAAGGUAAAACCACUGUAGAAGAACUCGCUAAGACUGAGAACCUGAAGAAUUACCUGAAAGGAAAGAACAGCAUUGGGGGAAUCUUGCUAAAGCCUAACAAGAAAAUGAGUCUUUAUCAAGCUUUGAAGGAUAGAAUAAUUACACCAGGGACUGCCAUGGUCCUGCUGGAAGCACAAGCUGCCUCUGGGUACAUUAUUGACCCAGUAAAGAAUGCAAAGCUUUCAGUCAAUGAAGCUGUUAAAGAGGGGCUAAUUGGACCAGAGCUGCACACCAGAAUGCUCUCAGCUGAAAGAGCAGUCACAGGCUAUAAAGAUCCAUACACAGGUAGCAAGAUCUCCCUUUUUGAAGCCAUGAAAAAGGACCUGAUUAUAAAGGAACAUGGCAUUCGCCUGUUAGAGGCACAGAUAGCUACAGGUGGCAUUAUUGACCCAGUGAACAGCCACCGUGUACCAAUUGAGACUGCAUAUAAGCUGGGCUUCUUUGACGCAGAAAUGAACAAGAUUUUGUCUGACCCAAGUGAUGACACCAAAGGAUUUUUUGAUCCAAACACUCAGGAAAACCUCACUUAUCUGCAGCUGAUGGAGAGAUGUGUAACAGAUCCCGAAACCGGUCUUUGCCUCCUUCCUAUAACAGAGAAAGCAGCCAAAAGUGAACAAACCUACAGUGACGAAGAAACGAAAGAUGUGUUUAGAAAAGCCACUGUCUCCGUUCCAUUCGGCAGAUUCAAGGGCAAGACUGUCACCAUAUGGGAAAUCAUCAACUCUGAGUAUUUCACUGAGGAGCAAAGAAGGGAUCUCAUUCGGCAGUACAAGACAGGGAAAAUCACUGUGGAGAAAAUAAUCAAGAUCAUCAUCACAGUGGUGGAAGAGGGCGAGAAAAAGAAACAGGUUGCAUUUGAGGGUCUUAGGGCUCCUGUCCCCGCGAAUGAACUCUUGGAGUCCAAAAUCAUUGACAAAGACUUGUAUAACCAGUUACACCAGGGCAAAACAUCUAUUAAGGAUAUAUCUGAGCUGGAGCCAGUUAAGAAGUGCCUGAAAGGUACAAACAGCAUUGCAGGGGUUGUGAUCGAGUCAACCAAGGAGAAGUUACCCAUCUAUCAGGCAAUGAAGAAAGACUUUCUGCAACAGGGGACUGCACUUGCUCUUUUAGAGGCCCAAGCUGCCACUGGCUAUAUUAUCAACCCAGUCACUAAUGAGAAGCUUACUGUUGAUGAGGCUGUCAAAGCACGUCUUGUUGGCCCUGAGCUGCAUGAUAGGCUGCUAUCUGCAGAGAGAGCUGUGACUGGGUACAAGGAUCCUUACACUGGAAGCACUGUCUCCUUGUUCCAGGCCAUGCAAAAGGACCUGAUUCACAAAGACCAGGGAAUCCGUUUGCUAGAUGCCCAGUUGGCAACCGGAGGUGUCAUUGACCCAGUCAAAAGCCAUCGUGUUCCGAUGGAUAUUGCCUGCAAGCGUGGGUAUCUUGAUGAUGAGAUGAACAAAAUCCUCUCAAAUCCAACCGAUGACACCAAAGGUUUCUUUGACCCUAACACACAGGAGAAUGUGACAUAUCGGCAGCUGCAAAAAAGAUGUGUCACUGACAAAGAUACUGGUCUGUGCUUGCUGCCCCUCUCAGAGCAAGCUAUUAAAGCCAAGGAAGAGCAGAAACACUCUGAAAUCCAGACUAAAGAGGCUCUGAACCAGGCUACAGUGGAGGUGCAAUCUGGACCCUUCAAGGGGAAAAGAGUGACCAUCUGGGAAAUCAUCAACUCUGAGUAUUUGACAGAAGAACAAAGGAUUGAGAUGAUUAGACAGUACAGGACAGGCAAGGUGACUAUGGAGAAGAUCAUUAAGAUUGUGAUUACUAUCAUUGAUGAAACAGAGACCAAGAAACAACAGCAGGUUAGCUUUAAUGGCCUGAGAGCUCCAGUCCCAGCCAGCUCAUUGUUUGACUCCAAUAUUAUUGACAAAGCUACAUACAGCCAGCUACAGCAGGGUAAGAAGACACCAAAGGAAGUCUCGGAAAUCAAUUCAGUGAAGAAAUACCUACAAGGGACCGACAGCAUUGCCGGCAUCUAUGUAGAGUCUACAAAAGAAAAAAUGACUGUUUACCAAGCUAUGAAGAAAAAUUAUAUAAGACCAAGCACAGCUCUUGGUCUGCUGGAAGCACAAGCAGCUACUGGAUUUGUAAUUGAUCCAAUCAAAAACCAGAUGCUCACAGUGCAUGAUGCUGUCAAGGCAGGUGUUGUUGGCCCAGAAAUGCAUGAAAAACUUCUCUUAGCUGAAAAAGCAGUAACUGGUUACAAAGAUCCUUAUACUGGAAAUACAAUCUCUCUAUUCCAAGCAAUGCAGAAAGAUCUGGUCCUAAAAGAACAAGCAAUUCCACUCCUGGAAGCUCAGAUUGCCACUGGGGGCAUCAUUGACCCAGUAAACAGCCACCGUGUGCCUAUUGAAGUGGCCUACAAACGGGGGUAUUUUGACCAAGAAAUGAGCAAGAUCUUCUCUCACUCUUCAAAUGAUACCAAAGCUUUUGUUGAUCCAAACACUAAUGACAAGCUAACCUACCAGCAGUUGAAAGAAAUGUGUAUUAGAGACCCUGAUACUGGACUAUGCUUUAUCCUACUUAAAAAGACAGAGGGACCGUCAGUGGUGGAAAAGACUUUUAUGUACACUGAAGAAGAAACCAGGAAUGAAUUUGAGAAAACCCAAGUUGACAUACCUCUUGAAAGCCAAGCUGGGAAGUCAAUGUCCCUCUGGGAUGUCUUGAACUCUGACCUUCUUCCAGAGGAGGAAAGGAGGAAACUACUGCAACAAUAUCAAUCAGGCAGUAUCACAAAGGAACGCAUGAUCAUUAUCAUUAUCGAAAUUAUUGAGCAGAGAGAGAUCAUUAGGCAUGAACAGAGCAUUACUUGCGAUGUUAUCCGACGCAGGGUUACUAUUGAAGAAUUAUACAGUGCCAGGAUCAUUGACCUUGAAACCUAUAACUUCCUUAAACAAGGAAAGAAGACCAUAAGAGAAAUCAUGGAAACUGAGAUUGUUAAACGUUACCUGUUUGGCACCGGCAGUAUUGCUGGUUUUCUGGCCUCCUCAAAGGAAAAGGUUAGCAUCUAUCAGGCAAUGAAGAGAGGUCUGGUUAAGCCUGAAGUAGCCAUUGGUCUUUUGGAAGCUCAAGCAGCAACUGGGUUCAUGAUUGACCCAGUAAAAGAUGAAAUGUUAACUGUUGACGAGGCUGUUCGAAAGAAUGUCGUUGGGCCAGAGAUCCAUGAUAAGCUCCUCUCAGCUGAGAGAGCAGUCACAGGUUACAGGGACCCUUACAGUGGGAAAACCAUCUCCCUUUUCCAGGCCAUGAAGAAAGACUUGAUCUGUGAAGACUAUGCCCUCAAGUUACUUGAAGCUCAGUUUGCCACAGGUGGCAUCGUGGACCCAGAAUACAAUUUCCACUUGCCAACAGAUGUUGCCCUGCAACGGGGGUACAUGAAUAAGGAAACGAAUGAGAAGAUUUCUGAUCCAAAUGGGGAUAUCAAAGGCUACCUGGACCCCAUCACACUGGAAAAGCUUUCCUAUGCUCAGCUGCUCAAGAGAUGUAAGAUUGAUGUAGGCACCGGCCUCCAUCUGCUAUCUCUGUCAGAUAGGAGGUUGAUGUUGUUUAAAGGCUUGAGAAAGCAGAUUACCAUAGAAGAGCUUGUGUGUUCUGAGAUUAUAGACCAGAAGACAGUUCAGCAGCUCCAGGAAGGUUUGACUACCAUUGAAGAAGUAAGCAAGCUACUUCAAAAAUACCUGGAAGGCACCAGCUGUAUUGCUGGAGUCUUUGUUGAAUCCACUAAAGACCGCCUUUCAGUCUACCAGGCAAUGAAGAAGAACAUGAUUAGGCCAGGGACUGCUUUUGAACUUCUGGAAGCACAAGCUGCUACUGGAUAUGUCAUUGACCCAAUAAAGAACCAGAAGCUGACAGUCAAUGAGGCUGUCCUGAUGGGAAUUGUAGGCCCUGAGUUCAAAGAUAAACUUCUGUCUGCUGAAAGAGCUGUAACAGGUUACAAAGAUCCAUAUUCUGGCAAAAUAAUUUCUCUGUUCCAGGCCAUGAAAAAAGGGCUGAUCUUAAAGGACCAUGGCAUCCGUCUUAUUGAAGCUCAGAUUGCCACCGGAGGUAUCAUCGAUCCAGAGGAAAGUCAUCGCUUGCCAGUAGAGGUGGCAUACAAACGUGGCCUGUUUGAUGAAGAGAUGAACAAGAUCCUCUUAGACCCUAGUGAUGACACAAGAGGUUUCUUUGACCCAAACACAGAGGAGAACCUGACUUACCUACAGCUCAUGGAGAGGUGCUUCACAGACCCUGAGACAGGCCUGGUCCUACUACUUCUAAAAGAGAAGAAACGGGAAAGAAAGACUUCCUCAAAGUCUUCUGUCCGCAAACGUAGAGUGGUUAUUGUGGAUCCCGAGACAGGCAAAGAGAUGUCUGUGUACGAAGCUUAUCGCAAGGGGCUUAUUGACCACCAGACCUACCUUGAGCUUUCAGAGCAGGAAUGUGAGUGGGAAGAAAUAACCAUCUCUUCCUCUGAUGGUGUGGUCAAAUCCAUGAUAAUUGACAGGAGGUCCGGUCGGCAGUAUGACAUUGAUGAUGCUAUUUCCAAAGGUCUCAUUGAUCAGUCUUCCUUGGAUCAGUAUCGCUCUGGCAGCCUCUCCAUCACAGAGUUUGCUGACAUGUUGUCAGGCAACAUGAGUGGGUUCCGCUCCAGAUCAUCCUCCAUUGGAUCCUCCUCCUCCUAUCCAAUGAGUCCCAUCCCAACAAUCAAGACCCCAGCAACUACAUGGAGUGACCCUACUGAGGAAACAGGUCCAGUUGCUGGAAUCCUAGACACUGACACACUGGAGAAGGUUUCCAUUACCGAAGCCAUGCACCGCAACCUAGUAGACAACAUCACUGGUCAAAGACUCUUGGAGGCCCAGUCUUGCACAGGAGGCAUAAUCGAUCCCAACACUGGGGAAAAGUUCCCUGUGGCUGACGCCGUGAAUAAGGGGUUGGUGGACAAAAUCAUGGUGGAUCGCAUCAACCUGGCCCAGAAGGCAUACCAUGGAUUUGAAGACCCAAGAACCAAGACAAAGAUGUCUGCUGCCCAAGCUUUAAAGAAAGGCUGGCUAUACUAUGAAGCUGGCCAACGCUUCCUGGAAGUCCAGUAUCUCACUGGCGGAUUGAUUGAACCUGAUGUGACUGGCAGAGUCCAGCUGGAUGAGGCCAUCAGGAAGGGAACCUUGGAUGCCCGCACUGCACAGAAGCUCAGAGACGUGAGCGCUUAUACCAAAUACCUGACCUGCCCCAAAACCAAACUGAAGAUCUCCUACAAGGACGCCAUGGACAGGAGCAUGGUUGAAGAAGGCUCUGGGCUGCGUCUGCUAGAGGCCUCUUCACAGUCAUCCAAAGGGCUGUACAGCCCCUACAACGCCAGUGCCUCUGGGUCAGCCUCCGGAUCCCGGUCCGGGUCCAGAACUGGAUCAAGAACAGGAUCAAGACGGGGCAGCUUUGAUGCCACUGGAACUCCAUUCUCCACGUCCUUCUCCUCAUCCUCCUACAGCUCCACAAGCUAUGGUCGUCGAUAUGACGCCGGGCCUCACAGUGGAGUGAACUUGGAUGAACUUGCACAAGCCCUCUCCACAUUGAGUAGGAACUGCAGUUUUGAAGAAAGAGCGAUCUUUACAGCAGUACAACCGCUGCACUCUGCAGUGGCAUAGUUUAUAGGAAACAUGUUAAAGAAACAAAAAAAAUACAUUAUUUAUUCUGCUCUACAUGUAGUUGAGUUUAUUAGGACUAGUGCUGUAUAAAUAUUACUACCUUUCUGAAUAGUAUUUCUACCUGUUCAUCCUCUAUUCUAAACCAAGCCAUUGGCUCAAAGGAAUCUGCAUUCAGUUAUUAACAUCUGUUUUGAUUGCUCUGUUUUACUGGCCUAUUUAGUUGUAGUAUUUUAAUUAGUUUUAACUUUGAAUGAAUAAUAUAACAGAUUUUUGUGACUGACUGCAAUUGUUUUAACACGUCAGUAUGAGAUAAUUUCCCACCUGUCGAUAUACUACACUUGAUCAACCUCUAAAACAUAUUCCAGCCUUUAUUUCUUCUAAAAAAAAAUAAA